AAGCUAUAUAUUUGAUCAUUUGGAAAACCACCACUACACCUACUACAUCUGGUGUAGAUAUCUUGAGAACAGGAUUGGCUGAGAGGAAACACUGAUGAUGAAUGAAGAUAAAGUGUAUGAGAUCAUCCGGAGAUGGCGCAACACUCCAGAAGAAGAUUUAAAGCCGGAGGAUUUCCAGCAGUUCAGGGACAUCGGAGCGGCUUGUCUCAGAGGGGGGGACAGCAAACAGCUGCUGAAAUUUGUCCAGGAUGAGAAAAACCAGAUUUGCAGCUCAGAAAGCCUGGUGGAGAGCUUCAUUGGAUUAAUAGAAGACAUGGACCCAGGUGCCAUUUCUGAAACCAUUUUAGCCGUUCUUCCACAUCUUCAAACAGUUCUCUUUCAGCUGGAGGAGAACCGAGCGGCCUGUUUGGGUUUGACUCUAUCAGCCCUUCAGCAGCAGCUGUCCAGGCUGCCUGUUCCCUUCACCCUGCAGCAGGAGGAGGCUGAUGAGCACGGCCUGUGCCACUGCUGCAUCGCCCUGGCAAUGUUUGCCAAGGCUUUUAUAGACGACCUGAAGAGGAAGGAGGAAAACUGUCAUCCCACUGCUGAAGAAGAAGCUAUGAAGGCUGAAAUCCUGAAGUUCUGCAUGAGGAGCUUAAAGGAACCUUUACUUGAAGCUGAACUGAACCAAAAUAAAAAAUCUACUUUGUGGCUCUUUGCAGCAGAGAUAAUGGUCAGCCUACCUGCGAUCAAAGAACCUAUUCCAGGACUUCUGCUCUUCAGUUCUCUGAAAAAAUUCCCCAUGAUUGAUACCAGCCUGUCCAAGGAGUCACUGGCAUGUCUGGCCUAUCUGCUGUUUGUCCAGCUCAUAACCAUCGACAUGUUUCCAGCUGUGUUCAGUCCUGUAUUUAUUCUUCAGUGCAACAUGGAUCACAUCAACCAGCUCCUCAGCAGCAAAAAGGAAUCCCAUUUGCUGAAAGGACUGGCAUUGUUUUCCAAAAGUUUGGAGAAAGUGGAAGACGACAGCCUUCCUGUAGGUCUGCUAGACCUGAAAAGCUUCUAUAAUGCACCGCAGAACCUGCGACGAGUUCUCACUGACUGCCCCUUUCAACAUCUGAGAGAAUCAGGACUGAAAAUAUUCCAGCUUUUCAUAAACAAACUCGACGUUGAAGCAAAGCAUAAAUUCUUCAGGUGCAUGUUAAAGACAAGCCACCAUGCAGGCGUUGAAGGCUACAUAGUGAAAAACAUCAGGAAUCAGGUCCAUCUGUCUAUAAAGGCUGACGCCAACAGGUGGUUCCUGGGAGCAGAGCUGCUCCCGCUGCUUGAUCUGGUGCUCAGUUUACCACAGGGAGCAGAGACGGAUCUGCUCGCCAACAUGGACAGAAUGAUGGAGAGUCUAAAUCUUCUGCGCUAUCUGCUUAUGCAAGACAAGGAACUGAGGAGAAACGCUAACAUGUGGGAGGACUUCUGCAGGAUCAAAGAUGACUACCUAAGAAUGCUGAGAGUGAGCAUCAGCAUGUCGAGAGCAUAUUACUCUGCUGAGAUGAAAGCACUGAAGGAGGAUCAAAGGCUGAAAGCAAAAGAGGCUAAGGAGAAAGCUAAGUCUACCAGACUGUUAAGACCCAUAACGGUGAAGCAUGACAAACUCCCUCACAUGUCUCCAGAGAUCCAGCACCAGGUGCUGCAGAGCGCUUUGGUGACAUUCGACUUGAUGGAAAGUCUCAUCGUCCGGAUUGACGAGAUCACAGAGGAAAAGCUGGAGGAGCUUCACUGACACCGAUCUG